GACAGGCAGCGGGCUGGCUUGUAUGCUGCGUGAGUAUUGAUGUUUGAUAGUAAAUUAAGUUUGGCUUUUUAUCUUUUUAUUUAUUUAUUUAUUUUUCGUAAUUGGGGAAAAAACUUGAACAUUUAUUUUUUAUAUCGGCUGUCAAGAUUAAAAUGCUUCUAAGUUAUUUUAUGACCCACAACAGAGUGACUGGUCAUCUUAACGACUGUCAGGGAUCCGGCGUCAGGGACAUAAGCAGAAGAGAAGCAAUAAUCAUUCAAAGGACGUGCGCUGGCAAGUAACAGAGAGCUGUCAAUUGGCCCGAUAAGCUAAAAAGACAUGACAUGCUUAUUCAUUCUUCCCACGGAGUUAGCCAGUUUAACUACUGUGCUAACGAACGUUUUAUUUGGCAGUGAACUAAUAUCUUUUAUUUUCUGCGGAACCAGUUCAAGGUUUGGAGGGACAUCAUGGAACAAAUUGUUAAAUAUUAUCGACCCGUGAGAAGAAAGAGGACGUGAUCAAAUCCCUUUACUUUUCUGUAAGAGGCACAGUUCUGUACAACUGCCAAAUCCAAUUAAAAUAAGAACAGAAGACGCUAAUUGAAAACAAUACAUGUUUGAAAAGUACACUUGGGAAUUCACCUGCAAACAGAAAUGCAGCAAAAGCAUGUCAACACCGAGUUUCACAUUUUUGUGGAGAAUUGACGGGAUCGAGUCAUUUUAAAUCCUUUUAAACAAUCCCUUAAUUUGGUGAUUUUUUUCCCCACACUGAUUUCAUAAAACAAACUAUUUCUUUAUUUCUGUUAUACAAUUUCUAUGAAUUCUUCAUAAUGGCUUCAGUAGAAAUCGAAGACCCUAGCAUUGACUUACCAAAAGAUCCUCAUGAUUAUAACUUGGAGGAACAGAACCUCAAAAAACAUUCUAGUAACUUCAGGUCUAAAAGUUUGCCUGUUCUAAACGGAUUUUAUAGGCAAGACAGUGAGGAAUCAAUACCAAAAUUAAUAAACACUACAAGGACAUCCCUAAACCUAGACCAGAGCAGUUUGUUCAGUGUAAGUCAUGGGAAAGCUGAAUCCAGUAUUUCAGGGGCAAGCAAUGCUGAAAGGACAGACUGUAAUAAUGUGAAAGGCAAAAGGACUGGGUUUUCACCUUUGCAGAUGAUCAGUUUUCCAGGUAAAAAGUAUAUCGGUGUGAUUAUUUCAGAUUGCCGUUGUUUCUUGAUUUGUAUGUCCUUUCUGACCUUUAUCCAGUCCCUGAUGGUGUCUGGCUACCUAAGCAGUGUGAUUACCACCAUCGAGAAGAGGUACAGUUUAAGGAGCUCCGAAUCGGGGCUGUUGGUAAGCUGCUUUGACAUUGGCAGUCUGGUGGUGGUAGUCUUCAUCAGUUAUUUUGGAGGCCAAGGACGAAGGCCACGCUGGCUGGCUGUGGGGGGAGUGUUUAUUGCCAUUGGAGCUGCCAUGUUCUCCUUGCCUCAUUUCAUCUCCCCACCCUAUCAAAUCCAGGAGAUGAACUCCUCUAAUAACAACGAGGGCUUGUGCAUGAACUUUAAUGGGACUGGCAAAGACCCAAUGGAGACGUCAGCGUGCCCCAGAGUGCAGGCUGGAAAUGACCACUCUCUGUAUGUGGCUGUCUUCAUCUGUGCCCAGAUCCUUAUCGGAAUGGGAUCAACCCCCAUCUACACCCUUGGCCCAACCUACCUUGAUGAUAAUGUCAAGAAAGAAAAUGCAUCGUUGUAUUUAGCCAUCAUGUAUGUGAUGGGGGCUCUGGGUCCUGCUGUGGGUUACCUGGUCGGUGGGGUUUUGAUCGGGUUCUACGUUGAUCCCAAAACCAGUGUGAGCAUUGACCAGAGUGAUCCCCGCUUUGUUGGCAACUGGUGGAGUGGCUUUCUCCUUUGUUCUAUCGCCAUGCUGCUGGUGAUAUUCCCCAUGUUUACAUUUCCCAAGAAGCUCCCACCCCGUCAAAACAAGAAAAACCAGGACACCGUGACAGAGAAAUCCAACAAGAGGCAAUCGGUCUCCUCUUCCUUGGGAUUGGGAAACGACAUUAAAGACAUACCCAGAGCAGCUGUCAGGAUCUUAAGCAAUGUGACAUUCCUGUUUGUGAGCUUGUCAUACACAGCUGAGAGUGCCAUCGUCACUGCCUUUAUUACCUUUAUCCCCAAGUUCAUCGAGUCACAGUUUGACAUCCCAGCAUCCAAUGCAAGCAUAUACACGGGGCUGGUUAUAGUGCCCAGUGCUGGAAUAGGCAUUGUCCUUGGAGGCUACAUUAUCAAAAAGCUGAAACUGGGUGCUAGAGAGUCUGCUAAGAUGGCCAUGAUCUGCAGUGGCGUGUCUUUGCUGUGUUUUUCCACACUCUUCAUCGUUGGUUGUGAAAGCAUUAACCUCGGAGGCAUCAAUAUACCGUAUACCACAGGUCCCACUCUCACCAUGGCACACAGGAAUUUGACGGGCAGCUGUAAUGUGAACUGCGGAUGUAAAAUCCACGAGUAUGCGCCUGUCUGUGGCUCAGACGGCAUCACUUACUUCAACCCUUGUCUGGCUGGCUGCACCAGUGUGGGGAACGAUAGCACAGGAAUAAGGAACUACACAGACUGUGCUUGUGUGCAGAGUAGGCAGGUGAUCACACCACCUACAGGUGGGCAGAGGAGCCAGCUCCAAUUAGUUAUAGUGAAAACCUAUCUGAACGAGAAUGGCUAUGCUGCAUCUGGCAAGUGCGACCGCACCUGCAGUACCUUGAUACCUUUCCUCAUAUUUCUGUUCAUCGUCACCCUCAUUACUGCCUGUGCACAGCCGUCAGCAAUUAUUGUAACACUGAGGUCAGUAGAUGAACGAGAGAGACCUUUUGCUCUAGGAAUGCAGUUUGUUCUUCUGCGAACUCUAGCCUACAUUCCUACCCCGAUCUAUUUCGGCACGGUCAUUGACACGACCUGCAUGCUCUGGCAACACAACUGCGGCGUACAAGGUUCCUGCUGGGAAUAUGACAUCACUUCCUUGCGAUUUGUCUACUUCGGGCUGGCAGCCAGCCUCAAGUUUGUGGCCUUCAUCUUCAUCUUCUUGACGUGGUACUCCAUUAAAUACAAAGAAGACAGACUCCAGAGAUGGAUACAGAGAGCCUCGCCAAUUAGCACAGUCAGCGAGAUGGUCGGAAAUGCAGGGGCCCAGCAAAGCUCUGCACGGACUCGAUCCUGCCCUGCCUUCAGCAGGGCUGAACAUACUGAAGAAAUGACACUAAACAGAGGGGGUGGCAGCAAGAGAUGCCUUGACCAUUCACUGGAAGCAAUAAGCACCCCUGAAUAUACACUGGAAGAAGACACUGCUGAGAUCUAAUGCAAAUCUCUUUUGCUUCACCAGCUGUUGUGGCUUUAAGUUUUUGUGUUUAAGUUUACUAUGGCUUCCACAAAAUAUUUCCAGUUAGAAAUCCUGUGCCUUCCUUUUUUCUUAUUUCAUUUAGACGAGUUGUGUGCUGGUCUUUUUUUAAGAAGCCACACACUGAUACUCAACACAGAUUGAGGGCUGGUUACCUCAAAGUGACAACCAGAGGAUUUGUAGCUUUUUUUUUUUUUUUUUUUUUUGAAUGAAAAUUAGGUUUAUGUAAGAAAAAAAAAAAAACUUAGAAAAGCUAAUCUAAGUAUGUUGUGCAUCUCAAUAAACACCUAUAGUCGAAUACAUUUUUAAUUUAAACAUAUUUAGUGUUAACAACAUGUGGUGCUGCACGGGUGAAAUAAUACAGAUUACAGAUUUUUAUUUAUUUAUUCUGCCAUAGUUAUAGUGCAUUCAGAAGUUAUCCAGUACAUUGGGCUAUGAUGAUUGAGGAAUAAAAAUCUGCUUUAACAAGCACAAAUGGAAUAAUGUGCUUUGCAAGCACUUGCGUUUUCAGAAAACAUCUAGUAUCAACACAAGCAGAAAACAGUAGCAGCAUAGUAGUAUGGCUCAUUAAGAAUGAUAAUAGAAAAAGCUUGUAUCUGUAACGUACACACAUUUUAAACGUACCACAUCAACUGGUGGUGGUUUUUUUUUUUAUUUAAUUAUUAUUUCUAAUCAAUAUUUUAGUUUAUUUAUAUAUUUUAAAAACAUUUUGCCAGUGCAACAUCCAUUCACAUCUGGGAGUGUUUCAGUAAGACUGAUGCUUUCAUUCAUGGGACUAAACCAUACCUGUUUACUCGGUGUGGGCAUUCAUUAUGUAACACAGGGCUCAAAGUUUGCCAAAAUCCAUAGGGGCAUCUGGCUCCUAGACUUCAAAAUUUGGUAGCCAACUAAAAAUGUAGGGGCCAACUGAAAUAUUCUUUGUUCUAUAAUUCCAGCUAUUUUGUAGUGGAUUGUUCUACUGAUAUUAAGACAUACAUGUAUACAAUCAACAUACUAAUCGAAAAUAUAUUAACUAUUUAACAACCAGACAUUUUUUAUCUAUGAUAAAAAAAUAAUAAUAAUAAUCCAGCUUUCGUGGUAGACUGCAAAAACAAAACAGCAUAUUGAAAGUUGAACAUCCCUCUUACACAGAAAGCAAAGAAGAGUUUUGACCGACUACAACAGCCCAAAGAUAUGGGAGUUGCACUAGUGUAACAACAAAAGCAAAGAUGCAAAUAAGACUCUCACUGCAUAGCAGUCUCUCCCUUUCCCGAUUUUACUAUGAGCUUGAUUCGCCACACUGUAUAGGUAACAAGCGCAGGUGAAUCAUAUUAAACUCAUAGUAAAACCAAGAAUGAUCAAACUGCGAUGCAAUAAGAGUCCUCUUUCCAUCUCUGAAAAGUAUAACGCAUUUAAAGAAUUUACAUACUGACCCGUUAUAUUGUACUCAUGCAAAUAUUUAUUUAACUCUUUACACUCAGCCCGGUGAUUACACGCAUAUUACUCGGGCACCUACCUGGCUUGUUUAAAUCUUUAUUUUCCUUCAUUUUCAUAUAACACUUGCACUGCUCAAUACUUUUACAUCAACAUAAUUAUAAUAACUUUUUUUCCAACUUAAAUGGUUUUUAACUGCCUGGUAGCCUCAUCCUGAGAAUGUGCUACUUGCCUGUUACGGCAGUAUGGCGGUGUGGGACUUGUAGUUUUUAAUGCGUGAUAAACAGUGGGCAGUGGACACCAAUAAACUACAUUCCCAGAGUAGAUUACGAUUGAGCUUUGAGUUUAGAUCAGACUGAGUUUAUAUAUAUGAGAGAGAGAGUGAGAGAGAAAAAAUUCGGUCUCCCCUGGCAACCCACAGCUCGCAAAUUUGAGCCCUGUACCACAGGGUGCGUUAAGUAAGUGAGCGGCUCAGAGCAGCUCAGUAAAAGAAUCAACUUAACAACCUGCUCAGUUCCGCCACUGCUGAGCUUCUCAUCAGUGGUCACAGUGAGCGGACGGCAUGGCCACCUGCAGGAAACAAGUGGAGAUGACAGGCAGGAUUGACAAAUAUGUUUGUGAAGAACGAUGAACUGGUUUCAGCUUAUGAAGUUGUGUAUUAAUUUGCUAAAGAAGAUGGUAAAAAUUGUUGUUUUCGAAUUUGUAUCAUUUAAUUUCAUUUUUUAAAAAUGUAGAACUAUUUUAUGUUUAUUGAUGUAUUAUUAUUAGGCUUGUAGUAUUUAAUGUUAUUCAUAAUUUUCAUUAUUAACGUCUGUAUUGUCGGUAUUAAAAACAGCCAGAUACGAGCUUCAGUCCAAACAGAGCGCUGAAUUCAGUGAGGUACAGCAGGGGACAGUAACUUCACACAGGGCCAUUUCAUCUACUGUCACCUGAGAAACACACACAAGCAGAGAAUUAUUCUCCAUUUUUAAAUGUUGCUCAGAGGUCUCGUGGAGCAAAGCGUUGUCAUUUAAAUGAGCUCAGUCUACUUUCUGAGCAUUCUCUUUCUGAGAGGCUCACUUACUGAACGCACCUACUGCCUCAACCUCUAUAGUGCAGGAAAUAGAACACCAGUCAGAGAUACAAUUGUUGGGCGAGAGAUCUUAAAAGUAUACUGCCUUGGUAUCCAACUCAGUCAGGAAAUGUACAGUACUGUAUUCGGUAUCCAGAAAACAUAGGAUGUUGGUGCGAUAAACCACCAACGGCAAAGUUGAAGUUGCUUGUUCCAAAACAAAGAAGAAAGGUAAAUAUAGCAUGCACCCAUUUUCUUUCCUCCUUAUCUGUUUCUUCACUGUACACUCAUGCAUAAGAGAACCAUAUGGUAAUGCUGUGGAGUACAGUGUCUGCAGUGAUAUGAGAGUAAAUCAUUAGGAAUGCAAGCCUUUAUAAAUUGCUGCUAACAGUAAUCAGGGGUAGGCAACCCUGGACCUAGAGUGCUGCAAUCCGGGAGGUUUUGUAGGUAUCUCUUAAUCAUCAGUUGCUAAAUACCAGGAACACGUGGUAAUUCUGACCAGUUAAUCAAUUAGGGCUUGGGUAAAACAAAAAAACAGAAGUGUCUGAGCACUACAGGACCAGGGUUGCCUACAUGACUAGGUUCUGCCAACACAGAUGAUCUCUUCAAAGUUCGUUGUGAAGCCCUAACUGCUCCAAAACAAAUAAAGCAUCAGUAAUGUAUGUUUUAAGAUUGCUCUUGUAUAUUGUUUUCACACUAUUAUCUUAGAGCAGUAUUUCUUUUUAACAGUAGUUAAAACUAUAAGCAGCAGCCGCUCCGGCAUAUGGUCAACAUAGUAGUCUACAAAAUACAGAGCACGAGUAGUUAAUAGUAAUAGACUAUUUAGCAGGGUCUUUUUAGAUUUUCAGAUUAUUACACUAAAAGUUAUCAAAUUACACCAAUCUUUUUUUCAAUCAAGCCAAUAAAUUGCUACUAUUAUAUAGUAUGUCCAUCACUGUGCAUAUGCAGUAACUACUGAUCUAUUAGCAUUCAAGUUCAUCUAAAAAGACUGCAAAAUAAUUCUGCGAGUU